UGUUCGUUGGCGGUUGCAGUUUUGUUUUAAAAUAUUUAUAGUCACAAAUAACAAAAAUUAAGUGCGAUGAAGGUGCUCCCAUUGGCGGUUUCCUUGCCAUCUCUACUGGUGUUGUUAAUCUUUAUCCAGUCCAGUCAUUCAACACCGAUCCUCGACCCGAUUAAUAUCGAUACGGAUUUUAUAAAGGCAGCUAAAGAGAUAAUCACAUUUGUGCGCUCGGAUAUUGAUGAAUUAGAUAAAGAAACGGGCAACUUUGAAACGGCAAAGAUCCGCGAAAAUCAACUCAAAGUGAUUCAACAUUUGAAUAAUGUCACCAUACAAGUUCGUCAAAUCAAGAAUCAAUUAACACCCUCCGAAGAAUGGUGGUAUUUGGAUUUUUAUCUCGAAUUCCAAAUAAUGAAAGAUUCAUCAACCCUUUUACUAAGCUUCGGAUAUUUUGAGUUCUAUUACAGAUUAUACGAUUACACCCCACAAGACUUCGAUAAUUUUGUUGAAUCAAUUUCUGGGCUAACCAUCGACCGGUUCCCAUUUAACCCAAACUCUACAAAUGUGUUUUAUCAGAUAAUCCACGGAUUUGAAUGUAAACAGCACGAUUAUGAGUGUAAAAAAAUCAUAAAGAGGUUUAAUGAAUUCCGGAAUAUAUCUGAAAUUCCUGACAAUUUAAAUUACGAACAACAACAGUCUCCUCAACAAUUAUAUUACUCGUUAUAUAAAGAAAUAGCGCUGGGCGAACUUAUGGCAUAUAUUCUGAUCGAAUAUUCAUUGAUGAUUAAUAAGGUCUCUGCAAAUGGAAAUUUUAUUACAAAAAGGAAUUCCGUUCGACACAACUAUGAUGAGAUCACUAGAAAUACUCUCAAUUCUCUAAAGCAUGUAACGGAGAAAGCUGAUCGUGCUCUUUGGCGACGGGAUCCCGAUGAACGUGUGUAUAAUGAAACCUUCGCCAUUGUCGAACUUAAUGAAGAAAAUGGAGAUCGCUAUUUCAAUCUUCGAGAAACAUUAUCGGAUGUUAAAGCCAACAAAGUUGUGACUGGAAUACGAUUUGUGAAUAAGAAUCACAUAUUCCAUUUGCAAAUACAGCAGGCAGAACUCUUGCCCCGUGGUCUGAUCAAUGAAUCAACUGUGGAGUGGAAACCAGUCGAUAACUAUGAAAUCGGUAAUUUCAAUGUUAAGGAGGGAGUCGACUAUCAUAAAUUGAGUGACCAAAGCCGCGCUAUAGAUUUGGAUGAUGUAAUUAAAACAGAUGAUAAUACAUUUGUGGUAACCGGCGUGCGUUUCCAGGUUGUGAAUGAACAUCUGAAUCUGAAAGUGCAUCUCAGUAAAUUUGAUUUCGUGAAGGGUAAAUUAGUUGAUUCGCAGAUAAAUGGCAUUUGGCAAUCGAAAGAAAAUGUUUACAACCGACAAAAAAAUAAGCGUCAACAAACGGGAAUUUCCAGCAUUUAAUCGAUAUAAUUUAAAAUUAUCGAAGGAUACCCAAUAUAUAGAAUUUACCAACAUGUAUAUAGGCGAUAUUGAAAGUAAACUUUAUCUUCCAUUUAUUGAUCUGCAGAAUGUCGAGUUGAAACCGCCAUUACCUUUAGCCGGCAUUGGCAUCUACCACAGAGGUGAAAAGAGCUUUGGUGGCCACGUGGCCCCAAAAAUUAUCAGUUAUGAUCUUUCUCCUCACAUUUCUUCGACGACUUAUUGAAAACUUGUUUUAAAAAAACAAUAAUAACAAUAAAAUUGCAUUUGGUAUUUAUCUGUGGAUUGUAUUCAAUUUUAAAAUAAUUAAAAAAUAAAUAAAAAAAGCUUCACAGAAAGG